CCUACAUCACGCGGGAGCGCAUCCGCGAGGUCUCGCGAGGACUGCCCGUGAGUCGCAGCAAAAGCUGCGGAGCGCGGGUCUCCGCCGUGGUAACGGACUGGGCGUUUCCGUUGUCUGCAUCUUGCGGCAGGAGCCAUAUAUUGACAAUGUCUGGAAGCUUCUACUUUGUAAUUGUUGGCCACCAUGAUAAUCCAGUUUUUGAAAUGGAGUUUUUGCCAGCCGGGAAAGCAGAAUCCAAAGAUGACCACCGUCAUCUGAACCAGUUCAUAGCUCAUGCCGCUCUCGACCUGGUAGAUGAGAACAUGUGGCUGUCGAACAACAUGUACUUAAAAACUGUGGACAAGUUCAACGAGUGGUUUGUGUCAGCAUUUGUCACUGCAGGGCAUAUGAGAUUUAUUAUGCUUCAUGACAUAAGGCAAGAAGAUGGAAUAAAGAACUUCUUUACAGAUGUCUAUGAUUUAUAUAUAAAGUUUGCAAUGAAUCCAUUUUAUGAACCCAAUUCUCCUAUUCGAUCGAGCGCAUUUGACAGAAAAGUUCAAUUUCUUGGGAAGAAACACCUUUUAAGCUGAAUGCAGGAAAAGUUCUGAAAUAAACAAUGUUACAACAAUGGGGUAUACUCAGGAAUGUGUACAUUGUAAUAACUUGAUUAAAUAGCCUGGAAAACUUUUACUUGUAGUCUCAAUUUAUCUAAAC